CGCAGUCACACUGGAGAAAGACCAUAUGAGUGUGACCAGUGUGGAAAUACUUUCACCACAGCAAAUUCCCUAAAAAUCCACCAACGCAUCCACACUGGAGAAAAACCAUAUAAGUGUGACCAGUGUGGAAAUACUUUCACCACAGCAAGUUACCUAAAAAUCCACCAACGCACCCACACUGGAGAAAGACCAUAUGAGUGUGACCAGUGUGGAAAGAUUUUCACCGCAGCAAAUUCCCUAAAAAUCCACCAACGCAUCCACACUGGAGAAAGACCAUAUACCUGUGACCGGUGUGGAAAGACUUUCACCACAGCAAAUCACCUAAAAAUCCACCGACGCAUCCACACUGGAGAAAAACCGUAUGAGUGUGACCAGUGUAAUAAGAGUUUCACCGAAAUGAAUGGGCUUAAACGUCACCAACACAUUCACACUGGAGAAAAACCAUAUAACUGUGACCAGUGUGGGAAUGCUUUCACCACAGCAAAUAACUUAGAAAUCCACCAACGCAUCCACACUGGAGAAAGACGAUAUAACUGUGACCAGUGUGGAAAGGCUUUCACCCAGGCAAGUUCCCUAAAAAUCCACCAACGCAUCCACACUGGAGAAAGACCAUAUUCCUGUGACCAGUGUGAAAAGACUUUCACCGCAGCAAAUCACCUAAAAAUCCACCGACGCAUCCACACUGGAGAAAAACCAUAUGAGUGUGACCAGUGUGGAAAUACUUUCACCAGAGCAAGUAACCUAAAAAGACACCAACGCAGCCACACUGGAGAAAGACCAUAUGAGUGUGACCAGUGUGGAAAUGCUUUUACCUCAGCAAUUGAACUAGAAUUCCACCAACGCAUCCACACUGGAGAAAGACCAUAUGAGUGUGACCAGUGUGGAAAUGCUUUCACUAUAGCAGGUAACCUAAAAAUCCACCAACGCAUCCACACUGGAGAAAGACCAUAUGAAUGUGAGCAGUGUGGAAAUACUUUCAUUAAAGCAAGUCACCUAAAAAUCCACCAACGCAUCCACACUGGAGAAAGACCAUAUGCGUGUGAACAGUGUGGAAAUACUUUCAUCACAGCAAAUCACCUAAAAAUCCACCAACGCAUCCACACUGGAGAGAGACCAUAUGAGUGUGACCAGUGUGGAAAGAUUUUCACCCAAACAAGUCACCUAAAAAUCCACCAACGCAUCCACACAGGAGAAAAACCAUUUGAGUGUGACCAGUGUGGAAAGAGUUUCACCCAAAGGAAUGUGCUUAAACGUCACCAACGCAUCCACACUGGAGAAAGACCAUGUGCCUGUGACUAGUGUGGGAAGUUUUUAACCAAAGCUAAUUCCCUAAAAAUCCAUCAAUGGGCCCACACUGGAGAGAGACCCUACCAGUGCAGAUUUUGUGACAGAUCUUUUAUCACAGGUUCAAAAUGUACUAAACAUGAACGUGUCAAACAUUUCCACAAAGGACAAAAACUGAACAGUCGUA